CCAGCUGAGCGCGGCCGGCGGCGCGCAAGGUGGGCCCGGCCCGGCGCUGCCCUCGACAGCGGCAAGUUUGGGAGUUGCACUAGUUGGCGGGGAGCGGGGGAGGCCGGGCGGGGGGCCAUGGAGGAGGACCGGGGGUCGUCGCCGGGGGCCGAGUCGGCGCUGGAGAAGAACGUGGCGGAGCUGACCGUCAUGGACGUGUACGACAUCGCGUCGCUCGUGGGCCACGAGUUCGAGCGGGUCAUCGAUCAGCACGGCUGCGAGGCCAUCGCGCGCCUCAUGCCCAAGGUCGUGCGCGUCCUGGAGAUCCUGGAGGUGCUGGUCAGCCGCCACCACGUCGCGCCCGAGCUGGACGAGCUGCGCCUCGAGCUGGACCGUCUGCGCCUGGAGAGGAUGGACCGCAUCGAGAAGGAGCGCAAGCACCAGAAGGAGCUGGAGCUGGUGGAGGACGUGUGGCGAGGGGAGGCACAGGACCUGCUUUCCCAGAUCGCCCAGCUGCAGGAGGAGAACAAACAGCUCAUGACCAACCUCUCCCACAAGGACGUCAGCUUCUCCGAGGAGGAGUUCCAGAAGCACGAAGGCAUGUCGGAGCGGGAGCGGCAGGUGAUGAAGAAGCUGAAGGAGGUGGUGGACAAGCAGCGCGACGAGAUCCGCGCCAAGGACAGGGAGCUCGGUCUGAAGAACGAGGACGUCGAGGCUCUGCAGCAGCAGCAGACACGGCUGAUGAAGAUCAACCAUGACCUUCGGCACCGCGUCACAGUGGUGGAAGCCCAGGGGAAGGCCCUGAUUGAACAGAAGGUAGAACUGGAGGCAGAUUUGCAAACCAAGGAGCAGGAGAUGGGCAGCCUGCGGGCGGAGCUUGGGAAGCUGCGAGAGAGGCUGCAGGGUGAGCUCAGCCAGAACGGGGCCCAGGAGCCCGAGACGGAGCCGGGCGGAGAGGAGAGUGUCUCAGAGGCGGAGAAGGUGGCCAUGGAUCUCAAGGACCCCAACCGCCCCCGAUUCACGCUGCAGGAGCUGCGGGACGUGCUGCACGAGAGGAAUGAGCUCAAGUCCAAGGUGUUCUUGUUGCAGGAGGAGCUGGCGUACUAUAAGAGUGAAGAAAUAGAAGAGGAAAAUCGAAUACCCCAGCCUCCACCCGUCGCGCACCCGAGAAUGUCCCCCCAGCCGGAGUCUGGGAUCAAGAGACUUAAAGAAGGUCCUUUAAGUGACGGGUUUAGCUUCUUCUCCCGAGAUAAGAAGCGCCUGGCCAACACGCAGAGGAACGUGCACAUCCAGGAGUCCUUUGGCCAGUGGGCCAACUCCCACCGUGAUGACGGUUACACGGAGCAAGGACAGGAAGCCCUGCAGCACCUGUGACCGUGGCCCACCUCUGCCCUCGGGCCUGAACCGCUCACCGCCAGCGCCUGCAGCAGAACCUGCAGCCUCAGGUGUCAGGACCCUGCACACCUCUCGGUUCAGAUGCACCCUCAAAACUGAUCCCUCAAACAAACUGUCUGCUUCGAGGAAGCACAUUGAAAAACUGAUGCCAAACUCUAAAGAAAUGUUUAUUUAUACCCAGGGCUGUCACCGUUUAUAAUAGAUGACUCUGAUCCCUUAGGAUAUAUAUUUAAUAAUAUCAUGAGCAGAGGCCAGACUUUUGCAUUAACUUCAGUAACACAAGCUUCUUUGAGCCAAAUACAUCACUUGCCAUUACAAUUGCUGUUUCACUUGCUUUGUAUGAAACUCUGUGGAGAGGUUUUAUUAUCACGUUUGUCACACUUAAGUGGGAGACAGGGAAAUGGUAGGUUUUCGUUAGUUACGUUCAUGAAAUUGUCGUGGUGGUAGCCUAAUAUAUAGGAUGCAUCGAUUCAGUAAGCAGGGCCUCCAAAGUCACAGGAUGAGCCGGCCCAGCUCAGACACAGAGCAACAGAAAAUAUGGACAACAGUCCUCCCACCUGGAAACUGGAGACAACUCUGCAAGAGCUGGCGGUUCUCUCCUGCACCUUGUUACUGAUAAUGCCUGGAGCAUGUAGCAAUGUUCAAGGCGAGUGCCUUGGAAUCAGCUGUGAAUUCUGCAGUACUAACCAAACAAAGUUGCUAAGGAUGAGACAUUG